GGUGGCCCACAAUGCAUUUGGUGCAGGAUGUAGCGCUCACCUGUUCCCGUGCACAUCCUGAACACAACUGCUCUCACGCAGGUAAGUCCACUUUUAAGUAAACUAUCACGUUAUUAACGUUCAUUUUCUUCUGCGUUGUCAUUUACGGAAUGCAUGACAUUCGAGGCUUCGUUAACGAUGACGCUGGCUCCAGUGAAACUUUUGUGGCGGCGUCGACCUGCAGGACGGAUGGACUCGAUAGAUGCCGCCAAUGAUCAAAUGACAGAAGAAGGUCUGCAGCAUCUAAAGCCCAGGUCCUGUGCAGAGUUCUUGGGCCAGUCUCGCUGUGCCGGCUGUUACAACCAGCACAAACACUCCAUGCCUCGGCAAAACAGCAGCUCCUCCACCGAUGACUCGGAUUCCAACUCUGACUCCGACUCCGAUUCCGAGUCCGGCUCUGAUGGAGAGUCGUCCUCCAGCAGCGACGGCGGCUUGAGCCAGGAAGAAGCGGAACCGGCACACGAAGCUGAUGGACGCCGUGGUGAUGAGCAAAGCCAGGCGGGAGACACGAGGACGAGCCUGGAAGGUCAAACAAUGAAACCUGCGCCUGUGGAGGGUGCCGGAGACAAAGAGACGCAAAGUAAACAUUGCAGUGACGGUAAACAAAACAUCACCAUGGCAACAGCAUGUCCCACACCUUCAUCGUCUGUGAUUGGACCGACACAGUGACACAUGACGUCUACACGCACUUGCUAACACCAACAAGCUUCAGUUCCUGUGCGGACCAGUCUGGAACCCGUCUGCUUCACCUCUGGAAAGCAACUCACCUGCAUGAACUUCCAUCAUCUUCCAUUGCUUCUCAAGAUGGAUUCAUCACGUCUGACAACUGUUUUAUGGCUUCUUGCCGCUUUCUGGAUUUCUAUACCUGCAUCGUGAACUUAUGAUUAGUUACUUCUUUAAAUGCGUAGAUUUUAGUGCAUUUUUUUCGAGGUUCGAUAACUAUAUCAAUUUAUUUUCCCCAGAAGUUGAUCAAACAUGGCAGUUUUGUGGUAGACUAUAGUCUAUUGUUAGUCAAAACUUAUAAAACUUAAACUUAUUGUGGUCACUUGGCAGCAGUAAUGACACAAAACAUUGAGACAUUAGCUUACAUGCCAUUACCUUAACACCGAGCCAUGGCAUCUCCCACAUGGUAGAGAAUUUCUCCCAUUCUGUGUGGGAGUGGUACCUUUAGGGCUUCUUCAUGAAAGAAAAAAUAAAUUCGUUUUAGAAAGUCAGAAACAGAUUUUCUAGUCUAUAACUACUAAAUUAUUCAAUGUAUUAACACUGAAUCCAAUAUCACGGACAUGUCUGGAACCUAUUACCCGCUAUAAGCAACUGUUGAGUGGUGUGUUUUUCUUGCGCUUCUCUUUGUGGCCACUGGAGGGCAGCACAGCUCAGCAGGUGACGAUAACUGUGCAUCCCGCAGGUAGUUUGCACUGAAAGUUGAAUUGCGGCUUUUGUCCCGUUCUCAUAUGUAUGUAUGUAUGUGUUUAUGUAUGUUUAUGUGUACCUAUGUAUUAUGUCUGUAAGUACACAUAGUUGUAUGUAUUUAUGCGUGUACACACACUAUGUAUGUACUAUAUAUGUAUGUAUUGUAAUGACCCUUAGAGGUGUUAUGUGUCAUUUGUUGUAUUUGUGCAUGUGUUGCCAUGGAGAUAUAUGUUCCGGGGUUGGGAAGGAAAAGCCGGUGACGGACAGGAAGUGACGGAGGAAACCCCAUGUUGGUGUAAGUUGCGUGGGUUACGGACGCGACAGUAGCCCUUGUAGGAAUCUUUGCUUUUUGGAUCUUAAUAAAA